AUGAACAAAUUAAAAGAUAAAAAAAAAGGCUCCGCAAAAAGUCCACAGUAUCCUCCAAAAAAAGAAAAAAACCAAGUGCACACAAAAAGAAACAGCGACAAUAGCAGCAUCAAUAAUAGCAACAACGGCAACAGCGGAAAUGCAUUUGUGAAGACGAGCAACAAUGGAGCUGCUAGAGAGGAGGACAACAUAAUUAACAAAAUAAAGGAGCUGAAUUUAGUUUUGCUCGAAAAUAAGGAUAUAAUAGAUAGCCUUCAACAGGAGAACGAGUCCUUUUCGUCCCAGAUCGCCAACUUUGUGAAAAAGUGCAAAGAACUACAGUGCAUAUGCAGCGAGAAGGAAAAGGACAUUGCAAAAUUAAAGCAAAAUGAAAAAUGUCUUGUGCAGGAAAUAAGCAAACGGAAAAAGGAAAAAGGCGAACUGGAGGAUAAAAUAAACACGCUGGAACAGGAAGGGACAAGUAAAAGUGCGCACAUCUCUCACGUGGAAUGCGAAAAAGACAAUUUAAUGAAAGAGAUACAUGAAAAAGACAAACAAAUAAAUGUUCUGUAUGGAAAUAUAAAACACCUGGAGGGACAAAUCAAACUUCUGCAGAAUGAAAAUGCAAAAAAUAAACAGGACGUAAACAAUAAUUUAAAAAAACAAGAUGAAAUAAAUGAAUAUAUAAACUCCAAGGAGAGCAAAAUUACGGCACUGGAAGAAAAGACACAAAAAUUGAACAAAGUCAUAAGGGAAAAAAUAGAAGAAAACGAAAACUGUAAAAAAAAAAUACAACAACAGAGUGCCAAAAUUGCUUACCUGAAUGAUAAAAUGAAAAUGUUAGAAGAAGAACAAAAAAAUAAUAAAGAAAAAAUUAAAAAAUAUAUUGAUAACAUUAAAAGUUUAAAAAAAAAUAAGAUUAAGAUGGAUCAGCGAAGUAUGGAAAGUCAAAUGGAGGAACAACGGAAGGAGCUUGAGGAGGUUAUAUUUAACUCCCAAAUGUAUAAACUGAGCAAAAAAAUGGGUACGCGUAAAAAAAGUGUCAACUCUUCAAACGUAGGCAAAAGUGCAAAAAGUGUAAAAAGCGCAAGAAGCGCAAUAAGCGCAAAUGAGGGGGGAACCACUAACUCGUUCCUUCCCCCCAAUAAGCGUAGUGAUAAAAACUCUCUUAGCAGCGACAGCAGUGCAAGCAGUAGCUGCGGAGGAAGCAGCGACGGAGAAAUAGUCAGCUUUUCCAAGAGAUACAAUUUAAAUAAAAACAUGAGCAAGGCGGGGGAAGGGACACACAACAGGGGAAAAAAAUAA